GAAAUGUCAAAAUAUUAUUCUAACUUUCGGAAAUGAAAUUUUUUGAAUGUUUCGUAUUUAUUUCUACAGAACUAGUUCAAUAAUGGAAAAUCUUGAAAAUGUCUGUCGAAUUUGUUUAACCGGUGGCACGACAGGAGUUGAUUGUUUGAUGAUAAACAUCUUUCUGCAGCAGGAUGAGGCACCAGAUCCGGAAUUUUCGAUUGUUUCGGCCGUACAAGUAAUUUGUGGCUUGGAUAUUUCGGAAACUGACAACUAUCCUAAACAAAUUUGCUUAAUCUGUUAUUCGCGACUUGUGGAUGCAUGCAGUUUGCGUAAUCAGUCCCAGAAAUCUAUAGAAAUGCUCUCCGCUAUAAAGACCAAAGCGACUGUCUUAGAAGUAUCCAGCACUGAGGUAGACGAUGAAAGCAUGUAUGAUGUUGAGUAUUUGGAAGACGAACAGGACACUUUUGUUCCAGAGUUUGUUGAUUUUAAACUCGAGUGCGAUGAUGGGGCGGAGAUUACAAUCGAACAGUCUGUUGUGGAUGACAGGCCGUAUGAACCUGAAUAUCAUUGCUGCGGAUGUCUCGAAUCAUAUAGCACUGAAAUUGGACUAAGGAAACAUUCGUUCCGAGUGCAUCGACCUAAGCUAGUAACAUCAUCGAUUGAGAAAAAUCAAUGUAACGUAUGUUUUAAGUCAUUUCGUAGUAUUCAAAAGCUAAAGGCACACCGAAUUGGUAAAAACAAUGUACAGCCAAUGAAAACGUGCGACUUUUGUGGAUGUAGUUUCUGCUCUUCCACCGGACUUUCCAAGCAUCACAAUUUAUUCCACGCUGACAAACUGCUGAAGUGUUGUAGAUGUUCUUUUAGUACGUCAAACAGGAACGAGUUUUCCCAACAUGUAGAAUGUCACGAAACGAAACCAGAUCUGGGCAUAAAAUCCGGACUUUUUGCAUGUGUUGUUUGCAGCGCACGAUUUGAAACGCUGUCUGAGAGAAGAACACACCGGCGCUACCCAUACCGAAAACGUCGAAUAAAAGAGCAAGCAGAUGAAGUUACGGUUACGGUAUUGCGUUGUUGUGGAUGUCCAAAGGUAUUUAAUUCCAUCAAAGAGCUACGGAACCACCAAAACGAAAUGCACUUUCAAGAAAGGGUUAAAUCUUUUGAUGAUGAAUUGACGAUCGAGUGCGGUGGAUGUUAUAAGCUGUUUAAAAACACCACUACGCUAAAUAAACACAUUCGUCGAGCGGCGGACAAAAAAUUGUACGCUUGCAGUAAGUGCACUGUCUCUCGUCGCUCGUUGAAAGAAUUGAUUGAACAUGAAGCUACUCACAAAGGUGGAGGGGCGUUUAUCUGUUGCGGUUGUCGUAAAGGUUUCGAGACGCAGGUUGAUUUGGAAAAACAUUCGCUGGAAGUGCAUUCUAAAAGACCUAAAAUUUAUUACAACGAUGAGUCCGAUACCAUCAGGCCAUUCGAGUGUAAGGUUUGCUAUCGAAGAUACAAAUCCGCCAGGGAUCUCCGUGGGCAUCAACGGUUCGUGUACUACGAUAGGAUUCACAUAUGUGACGUAUGUGGCAAGGGUUUUCCUCAGGAAAACAGCCUUACAGUGCACAUGGCCAGACAUAAAUCAGAAGCCGAAUUUCCCUGCCCUAUUUGUGGUAAGAAGUACAAACACAAAAAUAUUGUGCGCAAUUGUGUGGCGCGCCACGAACGCCCCAAGGUGCAUAAGUGUAAAAUUUGUGACGUAGUUUUCCCGGCCGCUUCGAAUCUAUAUUCUCAUAUGAUUUCUCACUCUGAAGAUCGACGCUACAAAUGUGACAUCUGUGAACAGAUGUUCAAAAGAAGCUUUCAUCUUCGGAAGCAUAAAAUAACUCAUACUAGUGAAAAAAAUUAUCCAUGUGGACAUUGUUCGGCUCGGUUCUGUUCUACAACGGAGUUGUAUAAACAUGAAAUUCGUCACACCGGGCUUUAUCCUUACGAGUGCAGCAUUUGCAAUAAAAAACUAACAACGCGCCAGGUAUUCAUCAAACACUACGAAAGUCACAUUGAUGAAAAGGACAAGGUGUUCAAGUGUGAGAUUUGCCCAAAACGAUUCAGCCAAGAACACUUUUUGGCCAAUCACAUGAAAUACAGCCAUCGAAUUGAACCGCAGGACAAGCAUUGGAAUGAUAAAUUCAAUCGUCAGGGACCAACUAGAAUGAAGGGUGGUCUGCGAACCGCCGGUGUUAGACUGGCCAAUGUUACUGGGGUCAGCAAGCAAAAGGAAGAAAUUGAAGAGAACUCUUCAGAAUGAAGCACAUGUUUUGAAAAGUGAAAAAAAUACAAAAUUUGUACAACAAAUAGCAG